CGGGCGGCGGCAUAAACUAUUCCCCGCCGUCAAGAUGAACCCACUACUGUUCCUGUACCUCAACUUCAUCCGCGGCCCGCAACUGGAUGCCCAGCGCCGAAAGAAGGAAGAAGAAGAGCGUCUGGCGAAGGAAGCUGCCGAACCAGCGCUGGCUGCCGCGGCUACAGUGCCAAAGAAGAAACUCGAGGCUGCCACAGCCGAACUCACAUCGUGCAAGAAGUGCGAAGGUCGAGUAUCGGUCAACGAAGUCGACGAGAACUUUGGGCUGUGCAAUGUAUGCGCGUCCAACCCGAUGGCCCUCCUCACACCAUUCGUGAUCUUCCAACUUGGCGGGAUCGUCGUCGCUCUCGUCGUGCUCGUGUACCGAUAUCUGCACAACCUGCCAUUGGUUUAACGGUGUGAUAUUGUCAAGUGUUGUCCGCGAGCGGUCUCUCGUUCUAAUAUCGCUUUCUGGCGCGCUAGUGCGACAGCGCUAGUCGCUAUCAUGUUGAGACGACCGACCUAGAGCGACAGAUUGGAUUUUCAGCGCUACAUCGUUCUGUCCACUACAUACUGUAUGUACCCGGUAUUGAAAAAAACAGGUUCACGUGCGAUUCUGAU